UUAGAGUUUAGGCGUGUAUUUGUAUUCACGUGUGAACAAUUGUUCUAAACUGUACAACUGUAGUGAAAACUGGUUCUUCAGCUAUUUGUACACCAGUGUUCAAACCAGUUUCCUAUUCUGCUCAAUCUGUACUAAAACCGGUUUUGUCGUUGCAAGUCAAUUGUACAAAAAACUGGUUUUUGCGUAACCUGUUCAGCUGUGGCCAACUGUUGUUUAUCUGUAGAAGUAGAAAAGCUUCACUAAAAUAGAAUAAUCUGAAACUGCUCAGCUAACUUUAGACGGAGAAAGCUACAAUCUCUACCUAGCGGCAAUUCUAAAAACUAGAAUUUGGAAAGUCUACGUGAGACAUCUGUUGGGAGAAUCAAGCAAUUUAAAGAAAAAAUCCGCGAAUUCAAAAUUGAUUCCUACGGUCUUGGAAGCGCUGAAUCGGAUCAGGUGUUGAGAAUGCUUUUGCAGCCAACUGUUUACGACAGAUUUCAACAGGUUGGUGGUAGACCCCUGGGAGGAAAGGUAGAACCUGAAUCCCAACGUGGAGACGAGAGAAAACUGUUUGUGGGAAUGCUCAGUAAGCAGCAAACUGAGGAAGAUGUAAGGCAAAUAUUUAUCAACUAUGGACACAUAGAAGAGUGCACCAUAUUGCGGGGCCCAGACGGAGUUAGCAAAGGUUGUGCUUUUAUAAAGUUGGGAAAUCCUGACGCGGCGCACAGUGCCAUUGCUCACCUCCAUGGUAGCCAGACUAUGCCAGGCGCCUCUUCUAGCUUAGUCGUGAAGUUAGCGGACACUGAGAAAGAACGACAGGUUCGUCGAAUGCAGCAGAUGGCUGGAAGCAUGGGACUCAUUAAUCCACUUGUUCUUAAUCCACUCACUCCUCCGGGAUACAAUCCCUACACACAGUUUGCUCCGCUUAUAAAUCAGCAGACUGCACUUGUUGCUGCUUCCGCCCAGGGUGCCUACCAGGGUCAGAUGACUGAUGUUCUUGCCAAUGGUGAUACAGGGACUCUACAACAAACAUUUUCUACAAUCCCUUAUCCAGGCAUAGCGCAUUUCCCCCCAAACCUUCUUGGUCCGUUGGGUUCUGGAAGCUCCUCUCCUCCACUCAGCUGCUCCCCAACCCAGGCUCAGCAGCAGCAGCUCUCAUCCAACGGUCUUCAUCAGCUAACAAUGGCAAACCUCCAGCAGCUUCAGCAGCUCUCACUGUCUCCCCAGAUGGCUCUGCACCUUAGUGGAGGACAACUUGGAGGAGGUCUCGGAGGACAACUGGCUGGAAUGGGAGGUAUUGGUGCAGGUCUCAAUCCUAUCGGAGGAGUCGGAGGCUUGAACGGUUUAGGAGGGAUCAGUGGACUUCCCUUCAUGCUCCGUGAAGGAUGUUCAAUAAGUGGACCUGAGGGGUGUAACCUAUUUAUCUACCACCUCCCCCAAGAGUUUGGUGACGCAGAGUUAAUGCAAAUGUUUCUACCCUUCGGUAACGUCAUCAGCUCUAAAGUGUUUAUUGACCGAGCUACAAACCAAAGUAAAUGUUUUGGUUUCGUCAGCUUUGAUAAUCCUACAAGCGCUCAGGCGGCCAUUGGAGCUAUGAACGGAUUCCAGAUCGGUAUGAAGAGACUCAAGGUUCAGCUCAAGAGACCUAAGGAUGCCAAUCGUCCUUACUAAGAUUGGAGUGGGUGUAGGGGGGUACCCGGAGCUAAAGCUUGGUUGAGGGGGUACCCGGAGCAAGGAGAUCUGUCUACUAGAACUGAUGAUCAUUACAAGAGAUAUAAAUCUCAAGGGUCCGCUCUCCAGUCUUACUUUUCCUCAUCAUGUAUAAUGAUAAUCAUAAUAAUCAGUGAAGUUAUACAAUAAUAUAUCAGUAUUUUUACCCUUUAGUCAAUAUAAUCAAAUACUUUACAUAUAACUUAUAAUAUGUUUAGUAUCGACUUGGAUAAUGAAAAAUAUAUCAUUGUGAUAUAUAUAUGUAUAUAUAUAUCAAUAUAUACAAAAUCACCAUGAACCUAUGUGAAAAAGAAUAGUUUUAACAAUUGUAGUCAAAAUUUACUAGAAUUUCUAAUUUAUUUGUCCACAAUGUUUCAAGACUCUGAAACAAGAUCUUCGACUUACCUUGUCCCUGUUAUUCAUUUUUAAACUUAACACAUGAAAACAAAAACCACAAAUGCGGGAAAAUAAAAACCGGUUUUUCAAAAGUUAAAGAGCGCAUCUCUGAUCUUUAGAAAUGAAUCUCAAGACUUGAUUAGUCUUGAGAUUAUGAAAAAGAGAGAAUCAAGCAUUGAUCUCGAUAUCCACCAUUCUGAAGUUUUUUGCUCUUGUUAUUCAUUUUUAACCUUGAUAUGAAUGUUUAUUGAAAAUCAAAAAUUAAGAUAAAUCAAAAAAGAUUUAAUGCAUGCUAAUUGUAGUAACCAUGUUAUACCAAAAAACAAUGUGUCACCCCAAAAAUGAUAUUUCAUAAUUUUAAAAUUGAAAAAAAAUGUUUUAGUUAUUGAAUUGUAUACAAUCCCUAAAAGCAUAUCAAAAAAUCAAAACUUUUGGUUAAACAUUCAAUACUUUUUGCAUUUAAUACUAUCGUUAAACAAAUCAUCAUCUAUCAGAAUAUAUUCCUUAUCAGUAUACAACAACUUGCUGUGAAAGCAUUUUUAAUCGACGCUAGUCAGUUCUUUUAUUUUAAAUCUUUAAACUUGCUAUCUACCUAUCUAGUCAGGGUAUUUAGAGCUGGGGUAAGAAAGCUUGAAAUUGAGAAAUGUUGGUAUUUUUUAAAAGUUGCGAAAAUUGCGCUUUGAAACUUUUAGAACUUUUUUGUUUUAAGCGCGGUAUAAAACCGUUACAACCGCAAUAAUUAUAAUCCAACCAUCUUUUCAAAUCAAAUUUUUUAUCUUUCCUCUUUAUCCUUUAAUGCAGGGACACCUUUAAAAGUAUUGCAUAGUUCCGCAACAAAAUAAAUAUUUGCACGAUAAAAAUAUCUUUUAACAAUUUAUUUCAAAAUUAGUAACUUCUUUUUUUACAGUUUGUAAUCUAAUGAUUACAUUGUAGUUAUAAAAGUAUACAGGAACAGCGUUUGUGAAAACAGUACAUAUUCAAUCCAUGUACCCUUGUGUGUAUGACGUAUGUACUUUGUACAUGAUUCCACUAUAUAUUUAUAACGCAUGUUUUGUUUCUACGCCUUUGAACUUCAAUAAAUUUUCUACACAUCUG